GUAAUGCACACACACUUUACAAACAAGAGACCGGCCGCUUCAUGAAGUUUAAAACCAACAUCUGGGAGACAUUCCACAGCUGCAGCAUCACAUCAAAUAAUGUCAUUUAAAUUUCUUCCCUCAUGACUCGUUCUCUGCAGAGCGGCAGGCAGCAGGUGGCGCUGUAAUCUGUUCUGUUGCCUCAGUUGAGAUUUUCUUUUAAAGACUGUUCAAAGUGUUCUGAAGGAUGAAUCGUGAUGUUAUUUUUGAGCAAUGAACUGAAGGCGAAAAUCCAAACUAAAAGCUGUUUUUUUUUGUGUGAAUUUCUAAAAUGAUUUAUGGAUUGUGUUAAAAGAGCUUCAAAUACACACACCUGUUUCUGCUUAGUAAUCAGAGGGUUUGCUGGUGUUUGGAGGUUCCUCAGGUCGACACAUCUUCACCCGUUCAGCGGGUUUUCACAAACAAAAAGAUGGGAUCACAAAGAGAAAUCAGUCUGGACGUCCAUCUGUUGGGACCACGCAGGCUCCUGACCUCCAUCCUGUUUGCCACGGCUCUGGUCCUCCCCGCUCUGAGCCUGGACAGCCUGCUGUGUAACUACUGUCCUCUGCAGCAGAAAGGCCAGUCCUGCCCCAUCAUCGUCAGCCAGUGUCUGCCUGAUCAGCGCUGUUCCAGCUCCAGAGGCCACUACGGCUCCCUCCACAUUCUGUCUGCUCAGGGCUGCGUGGACACUGAACUCUGUGGCUCCCAUGAAAUCGCCUCUUAUCGGGGGGUCAAGUACAACGUCAGCCACACCUGCUGCUGCAAAGACAAAUGUAACAGCCAGCCUAAAUCUCACGCCAACCUGAAGAUGCUAAUAGGGAUGAUAGAUUAUACUAACACCACUAAUGUUCUUAGAGAGGAGCUUUGGGAUUCAUGUGCAAACUACACAUCAGGGAGCUCCACAUUACCUGCCACUGCAUCAUAGAUGUGCUUGUAGCAGGCUGGGAAGAGGCCUGUUAGCCACAGGCACUAAUCUGAGUCUCUGAAAGGUCAGACAUUUGGUCAAAUGUUUGUGAUUAUAAGUAUCUUUGCUAAAUGAGUAAAGAACACACCAUGGUGCAUGUUUUGUUUGAUUAUAUUUUUGCUUCAGAGAGAAAGGUGGACUUGUCAGCCAUCCUCCUGAUAUUGUAGAGUGAAUAGUCACAUUAUUCCUGUGGUUACUGAUGAAUGCUGCAAAAAUAAAAGCGCCAUGAUUAA